AUGGUUGGAGUGCUCACGUGUUUGAUGGGUGUGCUAGGCAUCCUCCUAGCGCGUCGAUAUCGACAACAGUACCAACAGCGACACGUUUCACGUAAUCGUAAUGAGAAACGACCCUGUCCAACACGUCCCAACAGUUUGGGUAUUGCACCAAACGGGUCCUUGGCAAGAUCUUCCAAGUGUGGCCGGAUGAUCAACUCCUCCUCGUCGUCUGACAAAUGUUCCAGUUUACUAGGACGCAACAACCACUUGUGGCUCAAUUUGCACACCUACUCAAACCCACUGGUUACCACAAAUUUGAUGCAGCAUGAUAGACCAAUGACUGGUAACAGUGGCCCCGGCUCUGUGUUGUGUUCUUGUGUGGAAGCCGGACAAAUAUUUGACCCGGACAAUGGGUCCCAUGUUUUGACUUCGUGUAGAGAUGGGACAAUCUACCGUUCCCUGGUACGUAACAACAACACAAUACGAAAGACCGAACCGGGGAGCCUCUUAAGACCCCAAGACUUUGGAGAAGUGACAAGAUGUCCACCGGUUCCACUCACUUUCCCAAUCGAAGAUUCGAUAAUUCUGGGAGGCAAACCACGCAAUCCGUUACCACAAACGUUUAUGCCUCUACACCCGCAACCUACUUGGAUGCAUACAGAAACUAACGCGACGCACAAGCCCGAAAUGGAACUGCGGAUUUCGGAGAAUAGGCUCACACCAACCUAUGUUUCCGCACUUAGAGUGGAUUCCAAUCCGGCCUCACAAUUCGACCCGCUUAAUAUAGAUGUCCAUUCGUGA